AUGGCUCAAAACCACCCCCCUGCCGCCAUGGACCCCCCUCACAUCACCGAGUUCGCCUCGGAGCGCUACUUCGAGAAGCUUCACCAGCUCAAUGCUAGCCAGCAGCCGCCGUCACAUGCCGAACCCCCCGAUUCCUCUGCUUCCAACUCGGCAUCAAACUUUAUUCUGCCAUUGCGAGAAUCAAAACUUGCCGAGGCCGAUGCCGUCAAACCGGUCGAGCAGAAGCGGGACAAGGGCCGUUUCUUUGGCAUACGGCACAAGGUCUCUCUGCUGCAUUCAAAAUCGAGCCACUACGAGCCGGAGCUGGUGCAUGCCUCGCAAACGCGGGCAUCGACCGAGUCGACUCGGAAAAGCAUUCCAUUUGAUCAGUUGUUCCUGGCGCUGCCAAACGAACUGCAGGUCCAGGUUCUAUCUUCUCUUCCUCUGACCGACAUUCUCACCCUACGACUGACUUCCAAGUCGUGGCAUACCCUCAUCACCCUCAACGAAUCGCCCAUUGUACGAUACCACCUCGAUCACCACAUCCCCGCCUACGCCCUCCGCCUUUAUCCCAUCACCAACUCUAGCGACAUGACAUUUCAUUUUCUCUGCAGCAUAUGGCAUCGGCUACACGUUGCUGCCAAACUAGCCUUCUUAAUGUGCGAAUGGAUCACCAAAGAGAUAUUCUUGCGCCAAUCCGAGGCCCAACGCGCCGCCUUUGCACCACAGCACGAACGUAUGCGCCGGCGUCUCAUUCCACUGCUCUUCACCAUCUUCCACUUCUUCGAGACGUACCGAAAGCUUCAUUUGAAGCACAUGGCAGAGUUCGAUGGGCAUGGCCUUCACAGAAUGCCCUAUACCGUGAAUCCAAUCGAGAAGGAAAUCAUGGACAUGUACGAUGACCAAACGUUACUGAGAGUUCACGAAGUUUUCCCUCUGGUAAUAUCCUCCUUUUGCCGACGACUCCGCCCUCCGACCUACGUCGGUCGGGUCGAACGAUCACUCCGUGGCUAUCUCCGGGAGCGACCAUCCGAUGAGGUGCACUCGGCCAUUUUGUGCCUUGGAGGUCUUCGUCAAGUAGAGCGGCUAUGGGAGAUUAAGGGCUACAACAGCCGGCGCACAGCAGUCGACACCUGGUACAAUGGACUCACCAAGGAGCAUACCGCCGAAGCGUCGACGAAGCUGCGCAUGGGCUUGAAGGGCUUUGGUCGUAAGAAGUCGGCGGGCGCCGAGAGACCUGGAGCUCGGUCGUCGAACGGCGAAGGCGGAUUCAGAGUCAAGAACCCUAUGGAGUCGGACGCGGCCCACGCAGAUGGUUUACUCGACUCGAGCUGGAUCUUCAGCACCAGCUUGGCAGCUGAUCGGCCCAUGGGUCAACUACCCAAGGAUCACGCCCAAAGCAUACUCAACGAUCUUCCUGUUUUGCAGCAGAUUUGGCUGACCACGGCCGAGGCAAUGAUCCUCGACCGCGCAAUACUGCAACGGACACAAGACAUCAAGCGAAACCAACAGGUCAUGCUCGAUCUGAUUCGCGAGGACGGCAUGGACGAGGAGGAUGAAUGGUGGUACGGACGCAGCAUUCACGAAUCCAUCCGUCCACCGCCCGGUGCUACGGACGAUGACGCCGACUGA